CCUGGGGACCCCCGGAGAGGUGGGGGGCAGCCGGGGGGGCCGGGACGGAGCGGUCACCGGCCCCCACCGGAGGGACGGGGCGACCGGCCGCAGGGGGGGCGGCCGGGGGACCGGUCGGGCCGGGACCAAGGGCACCAUGUCGUCUGGGGCCAAGGAGGGGGGCGGGGGCUCCCCCGCCUACCACCUCCCGCACCCACACCCACACCCACCCCAGCACGCCCAAUAUGUGGGCCCCUAUCGGCUGGAGAAGACGCUGGGCAAAGGACAGACAGGGCUGGUUAAACUCGGGGUCCACUGCAUCACGGGCCAGAAAGUCGCCAUCAAGAUCGUGAACCGGGAGAAGCUGUCUGAGUCGGUGCUGAUGAAGGUGGAGCGGGAGAUCGCCAUCCUGAAGCUCAUUGAACACCCGCAUGUCCUCAAGCUCCACGACGUCUACGAGAACAAGAAAUAUUUGUACCUGGUUCUGGAGCAUGUCUCUGGAGGUGAACUGUUUGACUACCUGGUAAAGAAGGGGAGACUGACCCCCAAGGAGGCCCGGAAGUUCUUCCGCCAGAUUGUGUCGGCGCUGGACUUCUGCCACAGCUACUCCAUCUGCCACAGAGACCUGAAGCCCGAGAAUCUCCUUUUGGAUGAGAAAAACAACAUCCGCAUCGCAGACUUUGGCAUGGCAUCCCUGCAAGUGGGGGACAGCCUCCUGGAGACCAGCUGUGGGUCACCCCACUAUGCGUGUCCAGAGGUGAUUAAGGGGGAGAAGUACGAUGGCCGGCGGGCAGAUAUGUGGAGCUGUGGAGUCAUCCUCUUCGCCCUGCUUGUGGGGGCUCUGCCCUUUGAUGAUGACAACCUCCGCCAGCUGCUCGAGAAGGUGAAACGGGGUGUCUUCCAUAUGCCCCACUUCAUCCCUCCAGAUUGCCAGAGCCUCCUGAGGGGGAUGAUCGAAGUGGAGCCCGAGAAAAGGCUCAGUCUGGAGCAAAUUCAGAAACAUCCCUGGUACCUGGGCGGGAAACACGAGCCGGACCCAUGCCUGGAGCCAGCUCCAGGCCGCCGGGUGGCCAUGCGGAGUCUGCCAUCAAACGGAGAGCUGGACCCCGACGUCCUGGAGAGUAUGGCUUCAUUGGGCUGCUUCAGGGACCGCGAGAGGCUGCACCGAGAGCUGCGCAGCGAGGAAGAGAACCAAGAAAAGAUGAUAUAUUAUCUGCUUUUGGAUCGGAAGGAGCGGUAUCCCAGCUGUGAGGACCAGGACCUGCCUCCCCGGAAUGACGUUGACCCGCCUCGGAAGCGUGUGGAUUCCCCCAUGCUCAGCCGUCACGGGAAGAGGCGGCCAGAGCGGAAGUCCAUGGAAGUCCUGAGCAUCACGGAUGCGGGGGGAGGUGGCUCCCCGGUGCCCACUCGACGAGCCCUGGAGAUGGCCCAGCACAGCCAGAGAUCCCGUAGUGUCAGCGGAGCCUCCACUGGUCUGUCCUCCAGCCCUCUGAGCAGCCCAAGGAGUCCGGUCUUUUCCUUCUCACCAGAACCCGGGGCUGGAGAUGAGGCUCGGGGCGGGGGCUCCCCGACUUCCAAAACGCAGACGCUGCCUUCUCGGGGCCCCAGGGGUGGGGGCGCCGGGGAGCAGCCUCCACCCCCCAGUGCCCGCUCCACGCCCCUGCCCGGCCCCCCAGGCUCCCCGCGCUCCUCUGGGGGGACCCCGUUGCACUCGCCCCUGCACACGCCCCGAGCCAGCCCCACCGGGACCCCGGGGACAACGCCGCCCCCCAGCCCCGGCGGCGGUGUCGGGGGAGCUGCCUGGCGGAGUCGACUCAACUCCAUCCGCAACAGCUUCCUGGGCUCCCCUCGCUUUCACCGGCGCAAGAUGCAGGUCCCCACCGCUGAGGAGAUGUCCAGUUUGACCCCGGAGUCCUCCCCAGAGUUGGCCAAACGCUCCUGGUUCGGGAACUUCAUCUCCUUAGACAAAGAAGAGCAAAUAUUCCUUGUGCUGAAGGACAAACCUCUCAGCAGCAUCAAAGCGGACAUUGUCCAUGCCUUCCUGUCGAUACCCAGCCUGAGUCACAGUGUGCUGUCACAGACCAGCUUCAGGGCCGAGUACAAGGCCAGCGGCGGCCCCUCCGUCUUCCAGAAGCCUGUCCGCUUCCAGGUGGACAUCAGCUCCUCUGAAGGUCCAGAGCCCUCCCCGCGACGAGAUGGCAGUGGUGGUGGUGGCAUCUAUUCUGUCACCUUCACUCUCAUCUCUGGUCCCAGCCGUCGAUUCAAGCGUGUGGUGGAGACCAUCCAGGCACAGCUGCUGAGCACUCAUGACCAGCCCUCCGUGCAGGCCCUGGCAGAUGAGAAGAAUGGGGCCCAGACCCGGCCUGCCGGCACCCCACCCCGAAGCCUACAGCCCCCACCCGGCCGCCCAGACCCAGAGCUGACUGGCUCUCCCCGCCGAGGCCCCCCUAAGGACAAGAAGCUCCUGGCCACCAAUGGGACUCCUCUGCCCUGACCCCAGGGGGCUGGGGAGGGAGGGGAGCCCCCUCCACCCCCCUUCCCUGCCCCCCAACUGUGAAUCUGUAAAUAGGGCCCAAAGAGUAUGUAGGGAGGGGGGACACAACAAGCCUGGCCUUGCCCUGAAGUGCUGGGGUUCAGGCAAUGCCCAACUCGGUGGGGUUCUAGGGG